CAGGCACCGCCGAGAUGUUGCCUAAAGUUCUCCUGAUGCUUCUCAACAUGUUCCUGGCCCUUCAGUGGAGGGUUGGACCUCAUGUUAAUCUGGAGAAUAAACCCCCUGCCCAAGAUAAGGUAGUCUUCGGCCCUCAGCCCCAGCCUGUGCCACAGCCUCUGACUCCGCCUGAAUCUCCUGCUGGAGGUGCUGUAGUCUUCGGCCCUCAGCCCCAGCCCCAGGCUGAAUCCCCUGGCCAUGAUGAUGUAGUCUUUAGUUCCCAGCCCCAGCCGAUGCCUCAGCCUCAGCCGAUGCCUGAGCCCCAGCCUCAGCCUGAGCCUGAGCCACAGCCGCAGCCACAACCACAGCCGUUGGCUGGGCGCCAGCCUCUGCCCCAGCCGCUGCCUUGGCCCAUGCCUCAGCCCCAGCCGGAGCCAGAGCCUGAACCUGAGCCUGAACCUGAGCCUGAGCCUGAGCCUGAGCCUGAGCCUGAGCCUGAGCCUGAGCCUGAGCCUGAGCCUGAGCCUGAGCCUGAGCCCCAGCCAGAACCUCAGCCUCAGCCUCUGGCUGGCCGUCAGCCUCUGCCCCAACCUCUGCCUUGGCCCCUGCCACUGCCCCUGCCCGAGCCCCAACCUGAGCCUCAGCCUGAUCCCCAACCCGAACCUCAGCCAGAACCCCAACCUGAGCCCCAACCCGAGCCCCAACCUGAGCCCCAGACCCCAGGCCAGGUCCAGGCUGGGCGCCAACCCCGACCCAGACCUCAGCCUGAGCCCCAGCCUGAGCCUCAGCCUGAGCCUCAGCCUGAGCCCCAGCCUGAGCCCCAGCCCCAGCCUGAGCCCCAGCCCCAGCCUGAGCCUCAGCCUGAGCCUGAGCCUCAGCCUGAGCCCCAGCCUGAGCCCCAGCCAGAACCCAAGCCAGAGCCCCAGCCAGAGCCUGAGCCGGAGCCCCAGCCAGAACCCGAGCCGGAGCCCCAGCCAGAACCCGAGCCGGAGCCCCAGCCAGAACCCGAGCCGGAGCCCCAGCCAGAACCCGAGCCGGAGCCCCAGCCAGAGCCCCAGCCGGAACCCGAGCCGGAGCCCCAACCGGAGCCUCAGCCAGAGCCCCAACCGGAGCCCCAGCCAGAGCCGGAACCGGAGCAGGAGCUGGAGCCUGAGUCAGAGUCGAAGCUGGACCUGGAGCCGGAACCGGAGCCCCAUCCCCAUCCCCAUCCUCAUCCUGAGCCCGAGCCCGAGCCCCAGCCCCAGCCAGAGCCGGAGCCCGAGCCCGAGCCCGAGCCCGAGCCGGAGCCCGAGCCAGAGCUGAAAUCAGAGCCCCAGUCCCAGCUGGAGCCUCAACCUAGUGGCAAGAAGCUUCCAGCAAAAGAACCAGAACUCACUGCUGAUUGCAUGACUGAACGCCCAGGUGGGAAACUGACAAGAGCUUCUCGAAUCCUUAACACCAUCUUGAGCAACUAUGACCAUAAACUGCGCCCUGGCAUUGGAGAGAAGCCUACUGUGGUCACUGUUGAAUUCUUUGUCAACAGCCUCGGGCCUAUUUCCACCCCAGACAUGGAAUAUUCCAUUGACAUCAUCUUCCACCAGACCUGGUAUGAUGAGCGUCUUCGUUACAAUGACACAUUUGAAACCCUUAUUCUGCAUGGCAACGUGGUGAGCCAGUUGUGGAUCCCGGAUACCUUUUUUAGGAAUUCUAAGAGGACCCAAGAGUAUGAUAUCACCAUACCUAACCAGAUGGCUCUCAUCCACAAGGAUGGAAAGGUGUUGUACUCAGUUAGGAUGACCAUUGAUGCAAGAUGCUCACUCCACAUGCUCAGUUUUCCAAUGGAUUCUCACUCUUGCCCUCUGUCUUUCUCUAGCUUUUCCUAUGAUGACAGUGAAAUGAUCUACAAGUGGGAGAAUUUCAAGGUCGAAAUCAAUGCGAAGAACACUUGGAAGCUAUUGGAAUUUGAUUUUACAGGAGUGAACAACAAAACUGAAAUCAUCUCUACCCCAUUUGGUGACUUCAUGGUCAUGACAUUCUUCUUCAAUGUAAGCAGGCGGUUUGGCUUCGUUGUCUUUCAAAAUUAUGUUCCUUCUUCUGUCACCACAAUGCUCUCCUGGGUCUCCUUCUGGAUCAAGAUAGAAGCUGCUGCUGCCAGGGCCUCUGUAGGGGUCAGUUCUGUGCUCACCAUGGCCACGCUGGGUACCUUAUCCUGUAAGAAUUUCCCUCGUGUCUCCUAUCUCACAGCUUUGGACUUCUAUAUUGCAAUUUGUUUCGUCUUGUGCUUCUGCACUCUGCUAGAGUUUGCUGUGCUCAACUUCCUGACCUACAAUAAUAUUAAACGACAGGCUUCUCUAAAGUUCUACCAACUUCCAACCAAUAGCCGUGCUAAUGCACGUACUCGUGCCCGUGCACGCACCCGCGCUCGUGCUCGUGCCCGUGCACGGCAGCAGCAGGAAGUGUUUGUGUGUGAGAUUGUCACCCAUGAGGAAAAUGCUGAAGAGGGGUAUCAGUGGUCUCCAAGAUCAAGAAGACCUCAGUGUCCCUGGAGGCGGUGUGGCAGAAGUUAUGUGUGCUUCAGGGUUCUCAGGAAGUAUUUCUGCAUGGCUCCUGGUUGUGAGGGAGGCAGCUGGCAGCGGGGCCGCAUCUGCAUCCAUGUUUAUCGGCUGGAUAACUAUUCGCGGGUGCUUUUCCCCAUUACAUUCUUCUUCUUUAAUGUGCUCUACUGGCUGAUUUGCCUUAACCUGUAGGCUCCAGCCACUAGCUCAUG